UGUGUAUUUUGAAUGAAAUUCCUGCUCGCCAUGAACUAUAUAUAUUUAGCAAGCUUGGUUGAUGCUAUUGUUUUGAUUGAUUCUGGCUAAAGCUAAGAGCAAGGGUUCUCAAAGAAUGGAAGUGAAGAAAAUAAUCGAAGAAAAACUUAAUACAGUCUACGCACUCCUUGUUGAGCAAAAAAUUGAGGAAACACUGGACUUCUAUACAGAUGACUGCAUUCUCAUCCCCCAAGGUGCUUCAGAGGUAAAAGGCAAAAAAGAGUUAUUAGAGCACUACAAAACACAGUUGGCUUUGCUAAAGUUAGUGACUAGAGUGGAUGUUCAAAUUAAAGAGGUGUUCGACGGAGGGAACAUUGUGACUCUGCGAUAUACGGGAAAGGCGAUUGCACAAGAUGACUCUGUUCUUAUUCAGUAUCGGGCGAUGACGGUUUGGAAGAAGAUCGACGGCAACUUCUUCAUACACAAUGUCAUAGUAAAUAGGCCAAAGUAAACACUCUCUUUUUGUGAGAAUAAGAUAACUGAUCAAAGUCAUUGCUGAAUUUUUAGUUAAAUAUGAGCCAUAAAUACGAAAAACUUGUAUUGUAAGAAAAAAAUCAUUACAUUUAACGAAAUGGUUUUAA